AUGGGUCGACUAGGUCUCGGUUGGCUUCCAACUUAUGUCCCUGCAUGCCAUCGUCCAUGGCACUCUCAACAUCCGUCCACGAUCGAAAGCGAUCGUCUAAUGGAAACCUGCGCCCGCUACGAGAGCAUCUUCCCAAACGACGGCAUAACCUUUAAACCCGAGAACACGCCCUGGUGGACUCACUGGCUAAUCGCGUUCGCGGUGCGCAAGACGACUUUGGAUCCAAAGGAAAUCUGCUUGUUGUACAAGUACAAGUACAGGGAGGUGAUACCUGAUAUAGACCGCUUACAGAUCCAGCACAUCGUCGCUGAUCUCUGGGACUACUUACGUGACGGGGAGCACGAAUACGCCUUCGAGUGGGAACGCAGCCAGGCAUCCGAGGACGCUCUUCGCGUCCUUUUGAGCGUGUGGCUGUUCGAGGCAUACCGGCCGGACAGUUGGCCAAGCGAAGAGGAAAGACUUCGUUGGCUUUCUUCCGGAUACCUUGAUCAUGCUGCAAGUGAAGAAGAAGCCCGCUCUAAUCAAUUCGCCGAAGAUGCUCAAGAUGCAAGCGGCGGCAUGGAGUUUCUAGGGCAGCGUGAAUAG